AGACUAGGGAUAGCACAUAGUUAUCGCCAGAGCAAAAAGUUGAGACGGUCUCUGUGUCAAGAUCAAGGAGCUUCAUCGGCCUUGUGCUUUGCUUUGCUUUGCUUUGCUUUGCUUUGGCGCUGGGGAUCUUUUUCUUUUCUUUUCGUUUUUAUGUUUCUUUUUAUUCUCGUUGUUCAGAAUAUCAUCUAAUAUUCAUCUAUUUUCUUCAUUAUUUUCACGAUUUUUAAAUCAAAAUUUUGUAUGAAUACUGUGGCACGAUAUUGGUUCUAUUUUUUUCGCAUUGACAUUAUACUACUUAUCUAUUAUUAUAUUACGAGCAAGGGGGUCGAUAGUUCAAGAUGUUCUCGAACUUAACCACGAAGCUGGCGAUGAAGAAAGUCGGGUUAUCGAGCGACGCAUUCGACUUUUCAUCGAAAUCUAGCAAAUCCCACGAUGGUUCAUUACCCGGUCUAGAUGAACUGGAGAAAUCGAACUCGAGCUCGAACUCUGGUUGGCCAGCCUGGACGAAUACUAGGAAACUUCCACUCACAGCACAAGCCUGGCUAUCGCCUGUCCCACCGCCAGUCCCUGUCGCGGAGUGUCCGAAGCCAGGUGAUCUCGCACCUUUAGACCGAGACCGUCAACUCACAUUCGGAAACGGAAAGCCCAUCAUCGUUCUUUUCAUGCGAUGUGUCGGCUGUGCAUUUGCACAAAAGUCUUUCCUAGCCCUCCGGGAGCUCGCGGUCAAAAAUCAAGGCAAACUAAGCUGCAUCGCCGUGUCGCAUUCGUCACCGGAGGCGACGCGUAAGUGGGUUGACUUACUAGGCGGCUCGUGGAACGUCGAAAUUGUCAUCGACGAGGAUCGCGCCAUCUACGCCGCUUGGGGGCUUGGGCUCGGCACCGUGUGGUCCAUGUUCAACCCCACGACGCAGAUACAGGGCUGGAAGGAGAAAGGGUGGCUGGGCAUAAAGGUGGCCGAUUCGCUGCAGAAGACGGCCAGUCUUAGGCAACAACCAAACUUGACUAACAACGCCGGCAACACUACUGCUAGUGGGAGAGGUGGUGGUGCAACCGGCGCGGGAUCUCCACCAGAAGAUGCAGUCGAGGGGCCAUCGAACGUGAUGGGGAAUAAGUGGCAGCAGGCGGGCCUGUUUGCAGUAGACGGCCGGGGAACGGUGCUCUGGGGCGCGAAGGCGCUUCGUGCCGACGAUGUGAUGGACUUGGAUGCUGCAGCGGCGGUGCUCGGUUUCUGAUCUCGAAGCAUGCCUACCUAUCUACCUACAGGUAUACGGUAGUAGAUUUACAUGCCCGUCGCGACAUAAUGAAUGAAUGUAUUGGUAUGCAUACCCACCUAUGGUAUAGCGUCCGUGAGGCACCGGAUGCUCUGGUCGAUGAGGAGUCAGCGCUACUCCUGGAUUGGAGUUCGGGAACUUCCUGG